AUGAGUGCGGACAAUAUAGCCGUUUUUUGUGCGAGAGAAAGGAAAAAAGCGCUCAACUUUCCUUAAGACAGCCGUUUUUGAUAGAAAAGUUAUAGUUUUGCUUGAAAAUUUGUGCAAAGCGCCACUUUGACGGUUACAUUCGGCGAAACACGGCUGCUGCUGGCGUUUUUGUUGCUGCUUUGCAGCGGGUGCAUGUCGCUCACGAGAAAACCAACAUGGCCGCCCUUUGAGAACCGUGCUCGCUGGGAGGAAUGCGUGCGCGCUUCGCGUCACUCGCUGCGUGCGUGGUGUGAACAAGCCUUGUCGGGGCGCCGCGGCGGCAGCGGAAGCAGCACGGCACCAGCCGACCCUCGACAUCGGGAGUCGCCAGGUGGCCUGGUGGAGUCCGGUGGGGGGCCUGGCUGAGGGGCGCGGGGGCGCAUGACGAGCCGGCGGCAGCCGGGGGGCCCUCCCUCGGCUUCGGAGGCGGCCCCCCGGUCGCUGUGCGUGGCCGUGGUGGGCCUGAGCGGCACCGAGCGCGACAAGGGCCCCACGGGCGUGGGCAAGUCGUGCCUCUGCAACCGCUUUGUGCGGCCCCGCGCCGACGACUACCACACGGACCACAUCUCGGUGCUGAGCCAGACGGACUUUGGGGGCCGCGUGGUCAACAACGACCACUUCCUGUACUGGGGCGAGGCCCGGCGGCCCCUGGCGGACGCAACCGACAGCGCCGGCAUGCCCGAGCUGAGUGUGCACGUGGUGGAGCAGACCGAGUUUAUCGACGACUCGUCCUUCCAGCCGUUCCGCAGCGGCAAGACGGAGACGUACCUGAAACGGUGCGCCGCCCUGCGCCUCUGCUCGGCGGAGAAACUCAUGUAUGUGUGCAAGAGCCAGUUGGGCAUCGAGAAGGAGUUUGAGCAGCGGCUCAUGCCCGAGGGCCGCCUUAACGUGGACGGCUUUGUGUGUGUGUACGAUGUGAGCCACGUGCCCGGGCGGCCGGCCGACAAGCAGGCAGAGUUUGCGGCUGCCCUGCUGCAAACGCUGGUGCGCACCCGGAAACCUGUUGUGCUGGCCGCCACCAAGACGGAUGAGGCCUGCGAGAUGCACCUACGGGAGGCUGAGCGCCUUGUGGCCCGCAAGGAGCUCAGGGGCCAGGUUCCACUGGUGGAGACGUCAGCCCACGAGAAUGUGAACGUGGACCUGGCAUUUCUGCUGGUGGCACAGUUGGUGGACCGGGGCGCCAAGGGAGCAAGUCGCUGGGGGGGACGGGUGCCAUCAUUCCUUGAGGCCAGCCGGGCACGCCGUGAGGCCCUCGACCAGGCGACCGACGCCUUCCAGGCGCUGGUACGAGCCCAGGUGACCGACCCACGCGCACAGUGGGCCGGUUGGAGCCAAAGGCUGCUGGGAGCGCCAGAGUGCGAACGCUUCUGUUCCCUGUUUGGCCGAGCGGCAGCGCGGCUAGCCUUUGAGAAACAUGUGCGACGACUACGGGAGGAGCACACAGCGCGUCGCGUCAGGGGCUUCCUCCGGGCCCUUCCCACGGCCUUGGCCCAGCUACUACCCAACCGGGAUGCUCUGGGUGACAGUGACUGGUUGACGGUGAAGGAGGAGCUGCUGCGGCCGCACGCGGACUUUGAGCAGUACUUUGUGGACGACGGGGGCGAGUGGGAGGACCGGUCGCCCGUGGACGACCAGGAGGAAGAGGAGGACGGUCGCAUCCCGUACGCCCUGCUGGACCGGCCCGAGGCGGAGGCCUGCUUCCAGGAGCACCGGGCCGCCCUGGAGACCGAGGAGCGGCGCCAGGAGCUGCGGCGACAGUUUCGGCAGCUGCUCGAGGAGACGGGCUACGUGACGCCGGGCAAGAGCCUGGGCGAGGUGCGCGUCCUCUUCAUGGGGCGCGAGUGCUACGAGCAGCUGCCCGAGGCCGACCUGCUCGAGGUGUAUGAGGAGCACCAGCAGGAAAUGACGGAGCGCGCCCGGUGCCAGUUCCAGGAACUGCUGCUGGAGCAUGCCGAGCUCUUCUACGAGUUUGCCAAUGUGGGACCUGGCAGUGUUAUCACCCAGGAAGACAUCGCCAAAAUCACCGAAGCCCUCCAGGAGGAUUCCAGGUACAAGACCCUAGACCGUCUAGACCAGGAGCGAAUGCUCAUGCUGCUUCGGCACCUGGGCUUUGUGCACGGCCCCAUGCGGGAGCACUGCCCGGCCAAUCCGCACUGCAUGGACGCCAUCAUCGAGCAGCUGCUGCGAGCGCACCAAGGGGGCGGCGGGGGUGGUGCGUGGAGCCCCCUGGGGGGCAAUGGCCGCCUCCUGCAGCUUGUCGUACUAGGCUCCGGGGGUGCCGCCCAGCAGGUGGCCCAGGCCAUGCGCGAGGCCCACGGGGCCGCCUUUCGGCUCGACGACAAGGGCGCCCAGUACGCGCUCGACUUUCGGAUCGUCGACGGCGACGUGGGCCUGCCACACAACUCCUUCCGCACGGACCUGCCGCACGGCUGCCUCUGCGUCUACUCGAGCCAGCAGAGCCUCGAGUACAUCCGCGAGAGCCUCGAGAAGACUCUGCUGGCCAACCUGGAGCAGGACGACCGGCUUCCCUUCCACGGGCUGCCCCUGGUCAUCGUGUAUGCUGGCCCCGCCGACCCGUCAUUGCGCCAGGAGGGCAUCAACCGCGCCAAGAGCCUGCAGUGCCCCUUUGUGGACGUUGGGGGUUUGGACCCCGUGCGACUGGAGCAAGCCCUGGCUGCCCUGGUAGAGAGCAUCCAGCGGCGGGCAGGUCGCCUGCACAUCUACCAGUCGCUGCCCCCGCCGUCCGAGGGGGGCGCCUCCCGGCCGGACCUGCGUCUUCUACUCUGCAUGCUGUGCGGGGACCCUUACGCUCCGGAGCAUGUCCUGGCACCCCUCCUGGCGCACCCAGGGUCUGUGGCCACGGGACCCCACUGCCUCAGCCUGGAGACCUUCCUGGGCAGCAGCAAGCGCUCCGUCCAGGUGCGGCUGGCGUCGUACCACGAGGCGUCGGCCUACCGCGACCACUUGCUGCACGGCUUUGUGCUGGUCUACUCGGCCCAGCGGCGGGCCUCCCUGGCGACCCUGAGUGCCUUUGCCAAAGGGCUGGCGGGCAUGCCCAUGCAGAUCGUGGCCGUCACUGAGGCCGCCAGCGCCGCCUCGGCCUUCUUCUCGAGCGAGCUGGCCCAGCAGCUGAUGCGCGACGGCAACGCCCUGGCCGACCAGCUGCAGGCCCACUUUGCCACCUCGUCGACGGCCGCCCCCCACAAGGGGGCCUUCUACCAGGCCUUCUUCAAGGAAGCCUGGGAGCGCAAGCCCCAGGUCGAGCGCGCCUUCUACCGCGACGAAGACGACGAGGACGACGAGGACGAGGAGUCGCCCGAGGGCGGGGCCCCGCCUGUGCCCAGCCGCCAGGAGUCGUACCAUCUCACCGGCGGGGGAGGACAGCAUGACGGGCUGUCGGGCGAGGGCUUGUACGAGCAGCUGCCAUCGGAAGGGGGCUCCUCGUCAUCCCCCCCUGGCCGAGGGGGCGCUUCCCUGAGCAGCGACAACGAGGCGCCACCCGAGAAUGGCACCGAUCACCUAGUGAGGCCCUCCCAGCUGCGCAAGCGCCGGAGCUUACAGGCUGAGCUGUACCGGCAGCAGCCGUACCCAAGUUCAGAUUCCCUAGAGAGCCGAGUGCCGCCAGCGCCGCCUACGCUGGUCACCUUUGGGGGAGGAGGGGGCGGACCCUCCCCCCUGUCGGCGCCCCCUCCACCGCCCCUUGCCGAGGCAGCCCCUCGCUGUGCUCCGCCUCCUCGGCUGUGCACCACGGGUCGACGGUCGCAGUCUCGGGAUGCGCCCCCUCCGCCGAGCUUUCCGACGGCUGGCCUGCGAAAGUCCAGCAGUCUCAAGGCAUCCUACGGCCUGGGGGUGGGUCGCGCGGCCCCCGUCGUACCACCCGUGGCGCCAGUGCCCACCGAGGAGCAGGACGCCACACACUCCGACAGCAUCACCGACGAUGACGACACCAUCUCCUCCUCGGGUCUAAGUGCCAGCUGUGACUUCCUGCAGGGGGUGUAUCCUCCACCCCCCGAACCGGCGCCGCCGGACUUUUCUGCCUCGGCCCGGCUUCCGAAAGGCCCCUCCAUCUCUUCAGAGGCUGGAUCUCAGGAGUCCUUGGGCAUGGAUACAGGUGGUGGUGUCUGGGCAGAUCCCUUUCCCUAUGCGGGACGAGGUGACGAGUGGCCAGCGCCAGAGCUCUACUACCAGAGGACGGGCUCCAAGCAGGCCCCGCCGCUCAAGCCCAAGCCCAAGCAGGGCCACCAUCAGCAGCAGCCGGGCAAACUGAACCUGCGGCAGUUCGACCACCUGACGGAGGCCAUCAGCCGGCUACAGCUGUCGGGGCCGGGUCACAAGCCUCCCCUGGCACUACCAGACGAGGACGCUCCUUUACCACAGGAUGCGGUGUACGGUGGUGGAGUGGAACGAGCGGGUCUUCUGCUGCCGGAGGGCAAACACCGUGUCCGUUCCCUGGCACGCCGACAUGCCAGUCGAGAGCACGACAAAGCAGUGGCAGCAGAAUCUGACUCGGACAGUGAGUGGAGCUCCCUCGAACGACACCCCGGCCGCCCUCCCGGGUGUGCCCCCCGCCGACCGCCAGCGCCCCACCGUAGGGGGCGCCACCGUCGCCAUCGGGGCGGCAGCAUCCCCGUGGCGCCCCCGCGCAUCCCAGCGCUGCCUCCGUACCCGGAUGCACCGCUGGUGUCAUCAGCCGCAGCAGCCAAGGCCAAGCUGCCCGGCAUGCUGCCUACUGACGACAGCGUCGCCUAUGACAGUGCCACGCUUGGAGAGCUGGCGGCAGGUGCCAGGCAGUUACUGAAGGACAAGAGUACAACACGGAAGAAGGACGAGCGGAAGAAGGCUCGCGAGGAUGAGAAGACGGAGAAGCGCCGCCUCAAGGAAGAGGGGCCGCAUAGAUCGGCCACCUCUGACUAUUGCUCGUGCAAGACAGCCGGAUUUCGGGGCGCAGUCUCGCGGCUCAAGUGUUCUUCGUACAGCGUUGAAGGGUCUCGCACGGUGCAGGAGCGGCAGAAGCGGCUAACGGAGAAGAAGAAGAAGAAGCAGGGCAGCAGCAGCAGCCCCGCCGGGGCGACCCCCGCGGCCGCACUGGAGGAGUUCGCCCAGUCGGAGGCCGUGCGCACUCCCCUCUUUGUGGAGCAGUGCGUGCGCUUCAUCGAGCAGGAGGGCCUCGACUCGGAAGGGCUGUACCGGGUGCCAGGCAACAGGGCACACGUGGAGCUGCUGCUGCAGCGCCUCGACGAGGGCGCCGACCUGGCGGCCGAGCUGGGCUCCUCCGAGCUGCCUGUCAAUGCGGUGGCCACCGCCCUCAAGGACUUCUUCUCCAAGCGACUGCCCCCACUGCUGUCGCACGCCCACAUGGCGCGCCUCACCGAGAUCGCAGGCCUGUCUGACCGCAGCUGCCGGCUGCUGGCCCUGAGGGAGCUCAUCAAGAGCCUGCCGCCAGCAAACUUUGAAAUCCUCAAGUUUAUCUUCCAGCACUUUGUCCGGGUGGCCGAGAACUGCCGCCUGAACAGCAUGGACAGCAAGAACCUGGCCAUCUGCUGGUGGCCCACGUUGCUGCCGCUCGAGUUCAGCGACAUGGGCGUGUUUGAGCGCGUGCGACCGCACCUCGAGGACGCCGUGCAGACCAUGAUCGACCAGUUCCGCUUCCUCUUCUGUGACCAGGACGAGGUGCUCAGUGUCUGACCGCUCCUUUUGUUUUUUUCUAUUGCUGCCGCCACCGCUGCUGCUGCUGCUACUACUACUACUGCUACCACUACUCCAGCACUGCUGGUCUCGGGUCUGGGCCGGCUGGCCAUCUUCGAACGGUGCGCGGCAUCAGCAUCCUCCCUGGACGGCCCUGUGGUGUUCCUUCCGUGGCCCCGUCUCGUGCCGACCCCGCAUUUUCGGUUGCUGCCACCACCACAUCUGAGGAAGCUUUGUGUCGGGGCCGUCUAGAAUCUCACGUGGCCGACGUCAAGUGCUGUGUGUGCGUGUGUGUGCGCGUGUGUGUUUGUGCGCGCACGUUCGUGGCGGUGCUACCGCACUCUUAAUUUAUUUGUUGAUUUAUGCUGCGGCUGUGCGGAGAGGCGCUGUGCCCGGCUGGGGGCCGAGGUGUUUUUUUUUUUCACACUCACUCUUUUGUGUUCCUUUUUUUAAUUUCCUCGGCACAACCCUGUGAUAUUUGUACAUUUUAUUCCUCGAAGGUCCCAUGUACAUUUGUUCCCAUGCCUAGUUUUUUCUUCCCAGUGUUGUUUUUGUUUUUGUCUUUUGUACAGAGCGAGCAUUUUUGGGGCAGGAAAGGGGGUGGCGCGCUGGUGCGUUUGCUUUUGGCACCUCUGGCUUUGGAACGAAGUGACCCACUCUCGGCUGCCGUUGGCUCCCACCGUCUUCUUCAAUCGUCCCCCUUUGUAUUUUUUGCUUCGUCCUUCUCCUCUUGCCUGGAGCAAUCUUCCAUGUGGUUGUGGAAAGCUUCUUCCUUUUUUAUAUGUUUUAUCAGACCAAGGUGUUUGUUGCCACGUGAAAAUCAAAGGCACCCAAUCAUGACACUUUAACUCAACAGUUGGCGCAGGGUAAUUAUUUGAAGUUUUUAUGCUUCUUUUUUUUUUUUUUCCUCGUGACAUCUGGUCCUUGUUCACACGCCAUGUCCGUACUGCUACAAGGAGCCAGAGCUAAUUUUAAUUGACUGUUGGUGUGACUGCCUAACUUGGUAAGAGACUUUCUUUCUUGAAAUGUUAAGCCAGCCUUUGAAUGAGGAGACCUACAUGGCCGAAAACAUGGCAAUGAUGUUGCUUGCAAAAAGUUGACGAGUGCAUGCAAAAAUGAUCUUGAAAGUGCUCCACAUCAUAACUUGUCAUUUUUAAAGUGCUUGCCAUAAUAGUUUGGUAAUGAUACAUCACUAAAAAGGCUGCUUCACCGUUUCCAAA